AUGUCUGUGCCUGUCCUGCCCGUCCAUCCCGCCUUCACCAAGCGGCUGCCCAAGAUCGAGCUCCACGCUCAUCUUACCGGUAGCAUCAGCCGCGAGUGUCUGCAUGACAUCUGGACCGCCAGCAAGGCUCACCGUCCAGAUUUCGAUGUGCAAGAUCCUCUAAUCGCCAUUCCACCUGGCAAGGUCGAUUAUGACAUCAAAACAUUCUUCCCCUUGUUUUCCUCGUACAUCUACCGCCUUUGCAGUGACCUGCCCAGUAUCGAGUACUCGACCAAACAUGUGCUGCGUGCAUUCCAAGAAGAUGGCAUAGUCUACACAGAGCUCCGUACAACUCCAAGAGCAAUUCCCCAACAUAACAUCUCUAGGGAAGACUAUGUUAAAACCGUGCUAGACGUGCUCCAGGCCCACAAUGCCGACAGCACAAAUACCAUGCGUGCUUUUCUCAUCCUCUCCAUCGACCGCCGCAACACCAUCGAAGAAGCUGAACAAGUCGUCAGCCUCGCCAUCAAGUAUCAGUCGGCAGGGGUCGUGGGCAUUGACCUCUGCGGCGAUCCAACCAAAGGCGAUGUUCGUAUCUUUGGCGACAGCUUCGCUCGAGCAAAGGCAGCAGGCCUCAAGCUGACGCUCCACUUUGCCGAAGUCGAAACUUCGGCCUCAGACACGGAGCUACAAACUCUACUUUCCUGGAAGCCUGACAGGCUUGGCCACGUCAUACACGUCAAGGAUGAGUUUCAGAAGAUGAUUCAACAAGACAACAUUGGUGUAGAAAUCUGUCUCAGCUGCAACGUGCAAGCAAAGAUGAUCACGGGCACCUACUCCGACCACCAUUUUGGAACAUGGCGGCGCAGCACCGUUCCCGUGGCCUUGAGUACAGAUGAUGUUGGCGUUUUCUGCAGCCCUUUAUCACAAGAGUACUAUCUUGCGGCGCAGCAUUUCCAGCUAAACCGACAUGAAAUCAGGGCGCUGUGUGAACGCGCAAUCGACUCAAUCUUUGCCAGCCCGGAAGAACAUGCCCGUCUUCAGCAAAUCUAUGCAACGUGGGAUGGAUGGGAUGCGUAA